AUGUCUGGUACAAAGAUCUUGCUGCUUCUGUUCUGCUUUGCGUUUGAGCCGUCUCAGCCUGGCCAGUCUUGCCAAGACCUCUGUACAGUCAAGCGUUCUGAGCCAUGUGAGGUACGCAGGGAAGUCGCUAGGGGGCUCUCGACUUCAGGGCAGCCUUGUGCCAUCUGCAACACGACCGGGCAGACCGAUGAGGAUCAGCUCGGGUGUCUGCCUGCCUCUCUGACGAUGCUGCAAGUCGCGGGGCACUCCGACAGCAGCGGCAAGCUCAAACCGCUGCCUGGACUUACCCAGCUCCGCACUCUGAUUCUGGGGCCUGGGCGCAUCCGGACCGUUCAAAAUGGUACCUUCUCCGUGGUCCCAAAUGUUACUACCCUGAACAUGGCAAAGAACGCCUUUGAGGCCAUUGGAAGCUGGUUUGACGGAAUCGCGAAGCUGAAAAGUCUCAACCUGUCUUGGAACGAAGUCGAGCAAAUCGACGAGAAUGCCCUCCAGCCACUGGUACAGCUACAGUCUCUCGACCUCAGCCAUAACCGGUUCCAGGCUGUUGAAGAGCGGCACUUCGCAAAUCUGACCAACCUCAAGUCCCUGCACUUGAACAACAACAACAUCUCAUGCAUCGCCGGGAAGGCCUUCAGUCAUCUUCGCAGCCUGAUGGUGCUCGACUUGGCUCACAACAGGUUACGGUCUCUGAACGCAGACUGGCUGCAAGGACUGACCGCUCUGAGGAACGCCAACUUUCGACACAACCUGAUCUCGACCGUCUCGAUGGAGCUACUGGCGGCCAUGAGCGGAAGGGUUAUCGACUUUCGAGAGAACCCUCUCCGCUGCACCUGUGCCGUGAGUGGGCUAAAGACCGGGAGGGUUAGAGCAGCAAUGGACUGGCGGGUCUACAACAACCUGCGGUGCGGUUACCCUCCAAGCCUCUCGGGGGUAAAACUUGUCGCCCUGUACGCGGAGAGCAUGCCGUGCCCGGGACCGACAGCCAGUGUUUCACGUCGCGAUAACGGAUACACUCUCGUGUGUGAGGUCUUCUGGGAGUUCCAGCCGGCCAUCCUGAGGUGUGUGGAUCCUAGAGGGAGAGUUGUUAAAGAGGGAACUGCCAACGUAAGCUACGACGACUGUGGCGGUGCUGGAACCACACGCUUGGAGCACGAGUUUCCCACCACCCAGUCUCCUGGAAGAGGAACGGCGCACUCGUCAGACCAAAAGGCAUUGCCCUACAUUGGAAAGUCCACCUGCACCAUCCACAUGAAUCAGGGACUCUACCAGUGCUGGAAGGGAGGUACUGUCCGGUGUGUGGUGCAAUCCAGUACCUGGAGCUCGAUGGGCGCUCUGAAUCUGACACUGAACGUGUCAUCUGAUGAGGCAAGUGGAAAGGGCCAGAGACAAGAGACCACCGUCACGACAGCCAUCUACACCGAAACUCCUGCUCAGCGGAAUGCAAGCGUAACAGAGAACGUCAGACAAACCUCGUACAAGAACACCCAGCACUGGCAGCAGGAUGGUUCGGACACAAAGUCGCCCACCCUGAAGACAGACGUCCACACUAAAACCUCUGCUCAGCGGAAUGCAACAGAAACAGAGGCUACAGAAACAGAGGCCGAGUGGAAUGCAACAGAGACAGAGGUUACGGACAGAAACAUCCAACAGGAUGGUAACUCUCCAAAAGCUGACACAAAGUCGCCCACCGUGAUGACAGACGUCCACACUAAAACCUCUGCCCAGUGGAAUGCAAUAGAAACAGAGGCUACGGACAGAGCCAUCCCACAGGAUGGUAACUCUACAAGAGCUGACACAAAAUGGCCCACCGGAAUGAUAGCCGUCUAUAUCUUAAGUGCAUCCCUGGCGCUGUUCUUUCCCAUUGUGGUAACGGUCGUCUGCUUGAAGUACCACAAGAGGCAUCAACAUCAGCAUUACUACUCACAAGGCAAUACAGCAGACGCCAUCGGAGAUGCUGUUGUUUGUGUCAUCAGAUUCGCUAUCGGAAGCCCACCGCUGCAAGACACCCACACACAGGCCCCGGCUGCUCCCACGACUGUGAACCCUACACCGGUUCAGCGCACGGAUGAAGAGAAGCCGGACGAAGGCGACACAGCCAGUGCCCAAACGACGCGUAUGGAAAACCCCUCGUGCGGCACAGACGCCACGGAGCCAAAAGGGGCCACAUCCAACCCGGACCGGGACCCUCGUCCCCGAUCAAACAUCCCUACCAACUCCAAGGCCUCAUCACAACCUCAAGGCUCGGGAAUAACUCAGGCUGGAGAGAUCCCAGAUCCACCUCCACGACCCGACAAUUCAAUCUCGCACAAUCCACCUCGCCCGGAGACUCUAGGAGAAGAAAUUCCGGAUCCACUUCCACGGACCCACACGAACACCAACUCUAACGUCUCAGCACAACCACAAGACCCGGAGACGACUUGUAAAGAAAUCCCACCGGAUCCACUUCCACGAAUCGUUACAGCAAAGGCACAGGGUUCUGUGAUAACUCAUGAUCUGGAAGAAGAAAUCCCACCGGAUCCACUUCCACGUAUCCACACAUACAUCAACUCUAACAUCACAUCACAACCACGACUGAAGAUGACAAGUGAUCCAGAAGAAAUCCCACCGGAUCCACUUCCACGCAUCCCCAUGUCCGUCAACCCUAACGUCACAUCACAGCCCCGACUAAGAAUGACUGAUGAUCCAGAAGAAAUCCCGCCGGAUCCACUUCCACGUAUCCACACAUACGUCAACACAUCACAACUACGACAGAAGAUGACUAGUGACCCAGAAAAGGAAAUCCCGCCGGAUCCACUUCCACGCAUCCCCAUGUCCGUCAAUCCUAACGUCACAUCACAGCCCCGGCUAAGAAUGACUGAUGAUCCAGAAGAAAUCCCGCCGGAUCCACUUCCACGCAUCCACACAUACGUCAACACAUCACAACCACGGCUGAAGAUGACAAGUGAUCCAGAAGAAAUCCCGCCAAAUCCACUUCCACGCAUCCCCAUGUCCGUCAAUGCUAACGUCACAUCACAGCCACGUCUGAGAAUGACUCAUGAUCCACAAGAAAUCCCGCCGGAUCCACUUCCACGUAUCCACACAUACGUCAACACAUCACAACCACGGCUGAAGAUGACACAAAAUCCAGAAGACGAAAUCCCACCGGAUCCACUUCCACGCAUCCCCAUGUCCGUCAACUCUAAUGUCACAUCACAGCCACGUCUGAGAAUGACUGAUGAUCCAGAAGAAAUCCCGCCGGAUCCACUUCCACGUAUCCACACAUACGUGAACUGUAACAUCACAUCACAACCACGCCUGAAGGUAACUUGUGAUCCAGAAAAGGAAAUCCCGCCGGAUCCACUUCCACGCAUCCCCAUGUCCGUCAACCCUAACGUCACAUCACAGCCACGCCUGAAGAUGACUUGUGAUCCAGAAGAAGAAAUCCCACCGGAUCCACUUCCACGCACCCACACAUACGUCAACACAUCACAACUACGACAGAAGAUGACUAGUGACCCAGAAAAAAUCCCAGAUCCACUUCCACGCACCCACUUCAACCCUAACGCACAACCACCGGUAGCCCGCACAACUGAAAACCCUACACAGCUUCGGCACACAUUUGAGGGGAUCCCGGACACAAAUGCCGUUGGUGCAGAACUAACGGAACCUCAAGGCUUGGGGAGGGACGAAGGAGAAGAAGUCGAGAGCCCCAACAUUUAUGACAACCUCAACAGAGAAUCACGCCUCACUAGCACGGAGAUACAGCAGGUAGAGAAAAUCCCGGAUCCACUUCCACGAACGCAAACGUACGGUAACUCUAACGUCUCAACACAACCACAAGGCUCGGAGACUCCAGCAGAGGAGAUCCCAGAUCCACCUCCACAAAUUCACACCUACGUCAACUCUAGAUCUAACGUCUCACCACAACCACAAGGCCAGAUGAUGACGACUUGUGAAGAAUUCCCUGAUCUACUCCCACGUACUUACACGUACCCCAACUCUACCGUCCGACCAGGGGCCCACCGUACGGUACUCUAA